GGACAAUCGAACCAAAGCUCACCAGCAAUCUUGACAACAUAAUAGGGAAGCGCGAAUGAGAGCCAUUUGGCUUCCUCUUUGAAUGCAAAUCUUUAACAGAUUUUUCGCGAAGAGAUUGGGGGAAAUAUAAUAAUGGCAGCAUAUGUGGCCCGCAGAGCUCAAGCUAUCAGACUUGUGCGGCAACUGUUUCUGAUGAGAGAGAGAGACAAUGAAGGGGAAUCCAGAGGAAGUGAGAGGAUGACUCUCUCACUCUCCUUUUAUUCCCCCUCUUUCUCUUCACUUUCCUAUUAUUUGUCUUUCCAUGGAUUCUCCACGGCUUUCUUCCAUUGUUCCUGCUCUCCCCUUGUUUACGUGAUUUCUCUCCAGAGAUUCCCUAUCAAGAAACCUCAAGAACAAAAUAAAACAGUGCCUGCUAUCAUUUUCACCUUCUAGUCAAGGCAUUUCAGGUUCUUGUGUCGAAUUUGGCCAUAAAGAUUUGGUUUUUGUAUAUAGAGAAUAAAACAAAUUCUGGGUAUCUGUGAACUGGGGAUUGUGAUGUUGUUUCGCUCUGUUGAGGCGUGGCAUUCUUGAAAAAAAUAACCAUGGGAAUGGGGAUAGUUGUGGAAGAAUUGAGAAAAGGGAAGAUGAAAUGUGGUGAUGGGAAAGAGUAUGAGAAAAGGAUGGAAGAUCAUCAUCCUAUAUUUCCCAGGCUGCAUAUAAGUAAUGCAGAGAGGAGAGGGCCAAAAGCACCUCCAAGGAACAAAAUGGCUGCUCUUAGUGAAAAACAACACCCUGCAAUUUCCUUGCCACCUAUCCCAAUGCUCCCUCUCCCUCUUCCUAAUUCCUCUGCUUUGAGUCAUGAUCUAUACAUAGCCUCUUGACACUGUGGAAUAGUUGAAGCUGGAAAACAGUUGUUCAUAUCAGUCAAAAUCUCAUUCAUAGUUUGCAUAUGAACUUGUGUAGUUCUGAUUUAACAUGCGAUUUUGAGGAAUGCAUUCUGAAUCAUAGCCAAUUAAACGCGUAAAGAUAUUAGUAUUGAUACACUUUUACUAUAUUUAUAUCUUUAUACUAGUAUGUUAUUAUAUACGGACUAUAUGUUUAUACUAUUUAUAUAUAUUUUAUAUAUACGGACUAUGUUACAAUGCUUUUUUUGCAUGAAUUUAUAGUGUGUAAACUCACUUUAGGUAAGGGGUAUUUGUGUGAUGACUAAAUGUACUCAUUUUUUAAAAAGGAGAAGUGUUAACAUCCAUUUCAUCAAAGUAAGUAUUUCUAAAGCUACUUAUUCUGCUUAUUAGCAGAAUAAGCCCAAGUGUACUACCAAUCACUAGAGCUUCAAAAAUUAUUUUAUUUGCAUCUUAUCUGGGGAUGCUACUAGAUUCCUUAAAUUGGCUUUUCUUACUUGUGUUGAUUGCAGGCUGGUUCUCCCUUUUACUAUCCACCUCCCUCAUCCCAUUCUUGCUCUAGUGCCAUUCAUUUUACAAUGGGUGAACCAAGUUUUACAACACCAAGAAAUCUAGAUUUAGCACCACUAAAAUAUGAAUGUUUAAGUGAUAAUAAAGGGGAUUUUCCAAGCACCUCUUGUCAUAGCUUUUCUGCUAUGAAGCUCGAAAAUGGUGGCGGUUUCAAUGCUCAAAAAUUCCCUCACACGGGGAAACACCCAGAAAGUGGAAAUAUUCAGAAAAUAUUGGAAAAAGAAAAAGAUACAGUUUCAAGCUCCAGUUUUUAUCAAAAAAAUCAUAAUAGUUCUGAAAAGGUAAUACAAAAAAUGAACCACUUAGGAAAAGAGAGAUGCAAUCUGGAAGAUGAAUAUGAUGAGGAGUAUGAUGAAUAUGCGAAGAAGGUUAAAACUGAUAAGAAGAGAAGUGCUUCCAUGAUGGAAGAUCAUGAUAAAGAGAUUUCUCAUGCAGACAGAAAUGAGGAAAUCCCUUGCGCCUCGGCUAUAAAUUUGUCCCCUGAUGAUGUUGUAAAAAUUCUAGGACAUAAGCUAUUCUGGAAAGCUAGGAGGACCAUUAUGCAUCAGCAAAGGACCUUCUCACUACAAAUAUUUGAGCUGCAUAGGUUAAUAAAGGUUCAGAAAAUGGUUUCACGUUCUCCAGAUAUCUUAUUCGAGGAUGAUUUAUUUACCAGAAAAUCUCAUAUAAAAUCGCCGUUUUUCACAAAGAAACUACCACCCAACAAUGUUAAUGAACCGCCAACCCCAGUUGUUGAAAGGAGUUCAUAUUCUUCUCAAAAACCAAAAGGCAUUUUGGGUAUUGGAUUAGAGAGCUCGAGAGAGAAGAUGCCAGUUCAUCAAGAACCAUACUUAGGGACGCCAACAUUGACAUCUCCGGAUCAUGAGGCCAAAUCAGGACCUUGGUGCUUCCAACCACCACAUGGAAACCAAUGGCUAGUUCCCGUAAGGUCUCCUUCUGAGGGACUGGUCUACAAACCGUAUUCAGGUCCUUGUCCCCCACCUGGAGGGAUCCUUGCCCCUCUUUACAGUGGUUGUAGGCCAUUGAACCUGUCAUAUGGAAUUGGGCUUUUCUCUAGCCCGCCUGUUGGACAGGCCUACUUUCAACCAUAUGCCUUGCCUGUGAUUAGCCCGUCCGUGCGUGACACUAAUUUGGGCAGGCCUUGUGAAAAGAAGUUAGUAUGUAACAACAUGUCAAAUGGGGCUCAAAGCGGGAUCUUAUCAAAUGGGGCACCGAGUUUGCAGACAGAUAGAGGGAGUGAUCUGCAAGGAAGUACUGCAAGUAGUCCUUCUGAGAGGGUGUUGCCGGACGCGCUCUCUCUUUUUCCCACCAAACCAACAGGUGAAGAUUCAGGCCAACCUGUCCUGAAUCAGAACUGUGGGCAACAAGUUCGCGUGAUCAAAGUUGUGCCUCACAACCCCAACACAGCAUCAGAAUCCGCUGCUCGCAUUUUCAAGUCCAUACAAGAAGAAAGGAAACAGCAUUGACUGUUUAUACAUUCAUAUAUGUGUGAUAUUUUUCAUCUAUCUUUUUAUUAUGUAUACACAUAGCCACAUAGGUACUCAUAAAUACACUAAAUGUAGACUAGUUUUUCCUGGCCAGUGCAGCAGCAAAUGGUUUUAACUGUUGUACUUCGUAUAAUUGUAUUCAUAUCUCUUCAAUGCUCUUUUGAUCUCUUCUCCCAAUUGAUAAGAUUCUGCCAAA